UUGAUUAAAGAUGGAGGAGACGAGUAACGAGAAAUUCUCGUCGAGAAGACGUUCCGCUGUAAUUAAGUCUAUUAAAGCAAAGGAUGAACGAGUAGCAACAUACAAAAAGGUGGCUGCGAUACUGCAAAAACCUGAAAUUGACAGAACACCGGAGGAGGUGGAUAUACUCGUCUCUUGUAGUGAUGUAGUGAAGGAGGUUAAUUUAAGACAAGAAAAAAGGGAUAGGGUUAAAGCAAGAUUGGAAGAAAUUGAAGAUGUACCAGAGAUUUUGGAAGAAAAAUGUAUUAGGUUGGCUGCCGCUAUUAGCAGAGCAACUUCUCUUGCUGUUUAUACCGGUGCAGGUAUUAGUACGGCAGCAUCUAUUCCUGAUUACAGAGGAACCAAUGGCGUGUGGACUAGGAUGCAACAGGGAAAGGAUAUUGGGAAUCAUGACUUGAGUCAGGCUGAACCAACGGUAACACAUAUGGCUUUAUAUGCUUUGUACAAAGCACGAGUAUUAAAACACAUUGUAUCACAAAAUUGUGACGGACUUCAUUUGCGUAGUGGUAUACCACGCACUCUUUUAUCUGAAGUUCAUGGAAACAUGUAUGUCGAAGUUUGUAGAACUUGUAAACCGUCUAGAGAAUAUUGGAGGAUUUUUGAUGUUACUGAAAAGACAGCUAGAUAUUCGCAUGGUACGGGUAGAUUAUGUCACAAGUGUAAUUCCACUUUACAAGAUUCGAUAGUCCAUUUUGGCGAGAGAGGAAAUUUACCAUGGCCGAUUAAUUGGAACGGUGCUUCUCGAGCUGCCAAGCAAGCUGACGUGAUAUUAUGUUUGGGUUCUAGUCUUAAAGUUUUGAAAAAAUAUCCAUGGCUAUGGCAAAUGGAUAGGCCAGUACACAAACGUCCUUCAUUAUAUAUUGUAAAUUUACAAUGGACUCCUAAAGACGAAAACGCUGUAUUGAAAAUCAAUGGAAAGUGUGAUGAAGUUAUGAAAAAAGUCAUGACCCAUUUAGGAUUGGAUAUUCCAAAAUAUAAUCGUGCAAAAGACCCGAUAUUUUUUCACGCUAUAAGACUGCAGAACAGUGAAUUGCCAACUACGACUCAACCGUGCUUGGAGGAGCCAACCGUAGCGGCAGUAAAAAAAUCUCCGCGCCAAAGUACCGAGCAACCUAUUGAGGAUGCCGUACCAGAAACUAAAGAAACAGAAGACUGUAUUUCUCCUAUAAGCGUAACUGAUUCUAUAACUGCCUACUCAGCACCUUUCUUUACUGCAUUGCCAUUUUUAUCUAUGGGAUUACCUUUCCCACCUAUGUACAUGUAUCCUCAGUUAACUCCAUUGUUUUAUUAUCCAUUCAUGCAAAUACCCAAUGCUAAUUCAACAGAAAUACCAAAACCUAAACCAGCUUGUUCAUUUUGUAUGGAACAUGAAGGUUCCCUUACUUGCCUCUACUAUCAGCGCGACGGAGACGAUCCCGUGUUAUUAGAAACUGAAAAUGAACACAUACAAGAAACGGAAAAUGAACACAUACAAGAAACGGAAAAUGAACACAUACAAGAAACGGAAAAUGAACACAUACAAGAAACGGAACAGUUAGUUGCUGAUGCUCCAUUAGCAUCUGCUAAAAAUCCUGGAUGGUUUGGCAAAGGGUAUCGUAAAGGUAUGAAAAAGAAGCGGUAGCAUCCACUCGAAACAGAACGGCACGUAAUGGUUCCCCUUUUUAUUAUUAUUAUUAUUAUUAUUAUUACUGUACGCUAAUUAAAUGAUGAAUAUUAUAAUAGCGUACUUAAGUAUUUAAAGUCUUCAUAUCGUAACAACAAAUAUUAAACUUACACAGAACAUUUUUCAAUGUAGCGAGAUUCCGUUCGAAUGUUCAGUGCAUGAAUAGAUUUGUCGAGAUUAUCAGUCAGUUUUAAAAUAAUAGAUAGAAGCAAUUUCAGUGAAAUUGCUUUACAUGUUCUUAUUAAUAAGAUAACGUAGUCAUCUAUAGAUGAUUGAAAAUCGAGAAAGAAAUUAUUUUAUUAUUGAUAUUAGUUACACAUUUGAUUUGUCGCAUUAAUUGCUGUUUUUUAAUAACAAAUUUUGGUUCAAUCAAUCUGAAAUUUGUUUAAUGUUUCUGUAAAUUCAUUAUGUCUUAAACGUUAUACAUACAUAUAUAUAUAUAUAUAUAUAUAUAUAUAUA